AUGUCAAGUCAGUCGCCUCAAGCUUCGCUUUCCCCCGCUGCUCUCCUGCUCGCCGAAAAGACAUCGACCACGCAAGCAGCCACCCCUGCUGCUGCCGACAAGACUACUAGUCCGGUACUGCGCUCCCCUGAGGCUGCCACAAACUAUUCGACCAAGACCGGCAUCCCCAUAGACAUUGGCUCUCUCGAGACAGCGUGCACACCAGAUGCUCAAACUCCUCAGUUCCUUGCUUGUGGAUCGUCUCCGCAGGCAGCGUUUUGUGAGCCGCCUAUGCAGAGACCUGCGAAUACGUCGCCGUACAAUCCAACCUUGCGCUGCUUGCGGGUCGACAGCGAUUCGCGAGAACAAAAAAGUAUCGUAAGCCGCCACCAGCCUACAGAAGAAGGGACGAGAAGCACUUCUUUUCGGUCUCCCUCCAAAAAACAGUGCGAAACAUGGGCAGGAACUGACACCCGAGGCGAAACCCCUCUAGCCGGACAAGAUGGCUUGGAUGUAAACAGGAAGAGAAGAGUAUCUCAGCCGCACGACAGUCAGCGGCGAAUGGAACGUGUUCACAACGGCGAAACGAGAGCAUUCCCCAAGGGCACGAAUACGGGGACUCAGAAACGACACGCGAGCCCGGUUUUCACUACGAAGUAUCGCCAAGAAACGGUCUCUGGAUCGGACAGAAAAGGAGGUCCAGCGUCUUUGGGUAUAAACGCUCCUCAUAUAAAGGUUCGUUCUUUUGUACCUUUCCAGUUUCACUCUCCACGCAGACUUGGUAGCCACUGUGAACAAAAAUGCAGCUGUGCAGAGAACAAGAAGGAAACAUCAUCAAGAGGGUAUCCUUUUGAGUCACAACGCUGGGACAACACAAGGAUUCUACCAUUGAAAGCGUUGAUUGGGAGUGGAGCCAUGGGUCAUGUCUACUUAGUGGAGAUAGAAGGUCAGCAAUAUGCUUUAAAGCUUGCGGUCCAGAGUGACCCGGCUGCAUGUAUGUAUCUUCGACACGGAUGGAGAAACCUUAUUCGACUUGAAACCAUGUACCUUGCUGAGGAGGCCGCGGCGGCACUGCCCACUGGAGUGGCGCGGGAGAAACCUGUUGAACACGAGACGUCAAUCAAAGGGGAAGUAGAUGCCGAUAUGUCAGACCCGACACGCUCGUGUCCGUUCUGCUGCGAUGGCUCCGCGACUCCUAGCUGCUCUACGUCAGGGCAGACAGAGAGUAAGAAGGGGGCCAACUCGACACGAUAUUUCUGCAAGCCUCUGGCAUUCUUGGAAGGAGAUUGGAUUCGAUUCCAGGGAGAGAGAGACACAGGCUGUAGCCAGCUGGCUUCUAGUCGGGACGCGAGAAUUUCUGGGAGGUCAACGACACCCAACUCGAGGGCUUCUCCGACUCCCCGAGUGACUCCCAUAUGUGCGUACAUAAUGGAGUACAUCCCGAAUGCGUGUCAACUGACGGCCUUUAUCUGGAAUUUCCACCGAACCUCAGACUUAAGUCAACUUCUGAGGUCUGGUGCCUAUCCCCAGGGUAUUCUGGCGGCCAAGCGUCUGGUCGAUUUAAGCAUCCGUGUGGCAACGGCCCACAAGGUUAUUGCCUGCAAAGCUGGUAUGAUUUCUUUUGAUUUCAAUCCGAAGAAUAUUCUCGUGAAUGUGGAGUUGCCAGCAUAUAUGAGUGACAGGUUGGGUGCCACAGGCCAACCACCAGUGCUCUCUGCAGCGGAAAUAACACGGAUGGUCCUCUGCAAUCCUUCUGCUAAAUUCCGAGUCGUGGCAAUUGACCUCGAUUGCUCGCUACGCGCCCCGUUCUCGUCUGUGAACGAGGAUAGCUUACUGCUCGACUGGAGCUGUGGACGCAGAGUAGUGUAUUCAUGCCCACAUGUCUCGUCCAUCACGGCUGCAUAUAUCUUGGCGGUGCUGGCGAAGAACAAAGGUGAAGGCCAGUUCGCAAGAAGUGGAUUGAAAGAAAGCGUAGCACACGGCGCCAUUUGCCGCCGCGUCGACGAUAAGAGAAACUUCCUUCACUACAUGUGGUCCGAGAAAAACGUCGUCGCCACAAACAAUCUUCCAUGCACGGGGGUCGCUAAUAGAACGGCAGCAGAAAAUUGCAAGGGUGGGGGACGAGGAGAUACCCCCGCUCUUCCCUUCAAGCCGGCGCAUGAGAAGGAGGAUAAGCCGCUUUCCGCUCGAGAGGGAAGGGUCCAUAGUGAAGAAGAACCACCGCCUCAGCACCACACAAAUGAAUCGUUUUUUUCCAGAUUUUACCUGCCCUGUUUUAUAUACCCACGAGACCGACUGCCCCGAGACGUAUCACAGAAAGAGUAUAAGAAAUAUGGGGUGAGACUAGUUGGUAAUCACGUCAACUUGCAAUUGCUCGCUUUUAUCCUUUGCGAACUGUUGGAUUUCAAAAGUUUGCACGUCGUCGUCCUCCAAAAAUUUACUACAGAACUUCGCUUGCUCCAGUUGCCGACCGAUAUUUGCCGCAUGUUCUCCGAGCAGGACCAGAUUAUCAGUUGUUUGUGCUUUUCUGUUCUCACUAAGAUGAAAAGCGCUACCAUAGAAACCAGUGGCCUGCAGGCUGGUGACUGCCGUGUGAUAAAAGCUGUCGCUUUGCCAGAUCAAUUGAAUAACAAUGUCUCCAGUCAACCGAACAAUCGAGCGCCGACUCGAUGUAUGAAUCAUGUUCGAAACCCCAUCGCAGAGGACACUCUCCCAGCAUUAUCUCAUGCCGUCACUCAUUCCACACGAACUGCCAACAGCGCCACCUGCUUUUCUCCUGCCGUCGUUCGGCCUAAGAAUCGACGGUUCCUUCGCACGGCGGGCGCCCAUCCUCUUAUUAUAAACAAGACGGGGCACGGCAUUUCACAGCCUUUCGUCUCUGCCGACAGAACUUCUUUUGCCUUCUUCAGAAAGGAGCAGAUUGUGGCUUCCUCUCCGACUCCACCCGGACACAGUAAAAAAGACGCGACUCCAGGGACGGGUCUAAAUUUCCGGGGAACUUCGGCACCCGAUUCCUUCGUGGUCACUGCAGGAUUACAGAGAAUUCAAAGCGUUCAUCAAAACGCAGAGCCACCCCCAUCGAUGUCUAGCGAGGAGUCAGUGGUCGCGGGCAACAGUGGACGACAAGCCGUGACAGAAACGUACGAGGACGACGGGAAAUUUAAAGAAAACGCUCGACCUCUAAGGAACUCGUCAAUGGCACACGAGAGGCCAGGAGGGGCAGAGGAGCUGAGGAGACCCUUGUUCACUGCUGAGGAAGUUUCCAAAAUGUCGGUUUGGGAGAAAGUCGAGGCUCUGCCCGCUCUGAGUCCACAGGAUUUCCUUCCGUCCGUUGAUAUUUUCGGAAGGAGGUGUCGAGAAGAAAUGUCUUCUCUUAACUCACUGUUGCUGGAGUUUCUAGAUCCUCACCCGUUUUACGUCCUGCGCAAUUACAAGUCGCCUGAACAUGCUUUCGACAGCCUUGUCCAGUCGCUGCACCGUUUGAGCCAACGGAUCAGCUCCUAA